AAUUUUUGUCCGGCUUUCGUCUCUUCUCUCCUCCUCCGGCUACUGCUCACCUCACCGUCCCUCCCCUCUCUCGCCCCCGUCUCCUCCGAUUCUUGGCCAUCUCCGAUCUGCAACUCCGGUCGCAAUUCCUUUCCCCGACUCCAAUGCAUUCCUUGAAAGAGGGUACAAGCAAACGACUCAAGGAUGUUGAGAUCAGUGUCCCGAUAGUGUAUGGAACCAUAGCGUUUUAUCUCGGAAGAAAGGCUAGUGAGUCCCAAUCGCAUAAGUGGACCGUCUAUGUCCGUGGAGCAACGAACGAGGAUCUUGGACCGGUGAUAAAGCGAGUUAUAUUCCAGUUGCACCCCAGUUUCAAUAACCCUACGAGAGUGGUGGAAUCCCCUCCUUUCGAGGUGUCUGAAUGUGGUUGGGGUGAAUUUGAAAUUGCCAUCUCCCUUUUCUUCCAACCCGACGUUUGUGAAAAGCAGCUGGAUUUAUAUCACCAUUUGAAGCUUUACCCGGAAGAUGAAUCUGGUCCCCAGUCCAUCAAGAAACCUGUCGUCGUGGAGACUUAUGAUGAGAUUGUCUUCCCUGAUCCUUCAGAGAGUUUCUUUGCUCGGGUUCAGAAUCAUCCUGCUGUUAUCGUGCCACGAAUGCCUGCUGGUUUCAACAUCUCACUUCCUGCAUCAUCUGAGAACAUUGACGAAAAGAAGAGAGGUGAUACCAAAGAUCACUCACUGAGUCAGUGGUUUAUGAAUUUCUCCGAAGCAGAUGAGCUGUUGAAGCUUGCAGCGGCGCGCCAACAGGUGCAAGGUCACAUGCACAAGCUCAAGAGACAGCUCAGUUUAAUGGAAGGGCUGCCCCAAAUUUUGAAGCCUGCCUCAACCUAUGAUUGAAUACUAGGCCUGGCAUUGGCACUUAUGAAGUUCAUCAUCAGCGUUGUUCUUGGAGAAAAGUGAAAAUUAUUUCUGAAAUUUGUAAAUGUGGAUUGAAUUAGUUUUAGGUGGCUGUCUUUUCUCUGUAAUCUUGCCUUUUAAGGUCAUAGUGGUUGAAGAUCAGAAUUUCAGGGUGUGAUUGUCAAUGAUGAACUAACAUUGAGUGGUUAUGACAAACUGCUUUAUAAAGCUCUAGAUCCUGCAUUUACCACAUUCUGAAGAAAGUGUAUUUCAUUUUUCUAA